AUGAACACUGUUCUUAAAAGCAUAGAUAAAUGUCACCUUCUUCAGUAUACCACACGGAGAUAUGAUAAUGCUGGUUAUCUAGAGUUUCGUGGAGGCGAUGGAAUUGAAAUAUUUCUUCCUCAACCAGCUCCUAAUGAAUUUACAUUUACACUUGGCAUAUAUGAUGAAGAUGUUUUUGGAGGUGCUGAGAAAAUUGCCAUCUUGAUGGCGCAACAUUUUACCCUGCUUCCAACAACAAAUCAAUGGACAAGUAUACCUUUGGUCAGAGAUACUCAUCAAUACUAUAACAACAUUCAUGUGAAUGUACGAAUGCAACUGAGUUGUUUAAAGAAUUACUAUGGUAAUCAUUGUCAAGUUUAUUGCAAACCGGAACCAUCUCGAUAUACAUGCAAUUCAGAUGGCUCAUUUAAUUGUAUUCCAGGUCUAAUAGGGGUAAACUGUGAUAAAGAAGAUUCCUGUUACUAUGAGCCAUGCGCUGAUCAUGCUACUUGUGUUAAUAAAGACAAUGAAUCUGGGCGUAUUUGUGUUUGUGGUGGAGAAGAAAGACCAGAAUGCUACCCAGACUAUAAUCCGUGCCAGUCAAAUCCUUGCCAAAAUGGCGGUGAAUGUCAUCUUAGCGGACAAUAUAAUAAAAGUUUUACAUGUCAGUGUACUGAACAAUGGACUGGACAUCGAUGUACUGAAAGACGGUCAGCGUGUCUGGAAGAAGCCUUAAAACUUCAACAUUAUGAAAACCAGUCAACUGGAUAUGAUGCUAAUAGCACUGAUUUGCCGUCAGUUUGUUUAAAUGGUGGAACAUGUUUUGAACACCCAAUAAAAUUUGAAGUUAGAUGUGUAUGUUCACCUGAAUGGACUGGUGAUAGAUGUGAGUUGUCUGUGGAAGUGGAGUCGUUGAAAAUCAACUGGAUAUUACUCACACUAAUAACUGUAGGAAUUGUUCUCUUUAUUAUAGUCGUAUUACUAACAGUCGGUUUUGUCUGGAAAUAUAUGCGAAGAAAGCGCGCAGUCGAAUUCAAUGAUAAACACGGAGCCAUUGUAUACUAUCACAAUCCUAGAAAUUCUACCCAAUCGAAUUAUGGUAGUUCAUGUCCCCUGAAUCCACAUUUCAUGAAUAGUACAUACGAGGAUACUUCAAAUAAUCCACCAAUCAUUGUCAAGCCAUCUAAUGCUGUUUAUUCAAAAAAGCUAGAACCAAGUCCACUUAUAGAUGAAUAUGACGAAUGUGAUCCCCUAGGUAUAUAUGCUGGUGCAGAGAUAUACGCAACUGCAUUCCCACCGGAUGACAUUAAAGCAGAAGAAGAAGAACAUGGUGGAGAUAUAGGAAAGACAGAUGAAAAGGAUAAACGAAUAUCAGUAACAGAGACAAUUGUAGAUCCAUUUGACGAAGAUGCCCCUCCAUUACCGCCUCUACGACCAACAACAUUCGAUGCUUCACCAUACCAAUUAUUAAAUGAAUGCACUCAACUAAUCGAUAAAAAUCAAAGACCACAAUCUCCAUCAACAUUGAGUACAUUUACAAAUAAUUUCAAUGAUACAACACCAUAUCAUCAACCGUCUAGUCUACAAUCUGAACAAUUACCAAAUGUCUCGAUCAUCAACUCAUCCACUUUUGAUAAUAAUGAUAAUGAUAAUAAUAACAGUGAUAAGCCAGCUAUUUAUCAGCGAACAUCAAGUAUUAGUAAUGUUUAG